GAUAGCAUGAUAAACUUGGUUGUUUAAGGAUCAUUUGUCGUCAUUGUAAUGAUGCCUUUAAUGAAUCUUGUAUCUUUUUUCUGUAUGCUUUACCUUGCAAAGGUUCAUCUGAAACCUCGAUCCGCUCACAGCUCAGGUCUCCUAUCUUUCUUUUGCUAGCGGUCCUGGCUCCUGUUUCUUUACGCUGCUCAUGUUGCCUGCACUUUUGUUCUUUAAAAGGUGAAAUAAGGAGACAAGCCUUACCAUGGUACAAAACGUGUUAUCUUGAAAUGUUUCAGAGAGCUGAACACUUUGAUGAGGUCGUUUUCUGGAUUCAAAGGGGGCAGAGAUGACGUCAGCCCAAAACAGAUGGAUAAUGCUUCUACAAAACUAACUGUUAUAAGUCAAAUGGAAAAGCAGAGAUCCCUCGGGAAGAUGUUUCCUCACUCAGGAAAAUCCAUCAUCUUUGACAACUUUCCAGAUCCGUCUGACACCUGGGAGAUCAUUGAGACUAUUGGUAAAGGGACUUAUGGGAAAGUUUAUAAAGUCCUGAACAAAGUCAAUGGCAGUAAAGCUGCUGUCAAAAUCCUGGAUCCAAUCCAUGAUAUUGAUGAGGAGAUUGAAGCUGAGUACAACAUCCUGAAAGCUCUUUCAGAUCAUCCCAAUGUUGUCAAGUUCUUUGGAAUGUUCUUCAAGAAGGAUUUGAAGAAUGGGGACCAACUAUGGCUUGUGCUGGAGCUCUGCAAUGGAGGGUCUGUCACAGAUCUGGCUAAAGGUAUGCUGAAGAGAGGAGACCGUAUGGAGGAAUCCAUCAUAGCCUACAUCCUACAUGAAGCUCUCAUGGGUCUCCAGCAUUUACACAUCAAUAAGACCAUCCAUCGAGAUGUCAAGGGCAACAACAUCCUGCUCACCACUGAAGGAGGGAUCAAGCUGGUUGACUUUGGGGUUUCAGCCCAGCUGACGAACUCACGGCUAAGGAGGAACACUUCUGUUGGGACACCCUUCUGGAUGGCCCCUGAGGUAAUCGCAUGUGAACAGCAGCUCGACUCCACAUAUGACGAGCGUUGUGAUGUCUGGUCUCUGGGUAUAACAGCUAUAGAGCUGGGUGAUGGAGAUCCGCCCCUCGCUGACCUUCACCCAAUGAGAGCUCUCUUCAAAAUUCCAAGAAACCCUCCGCCUACUCUACACCAACCAGAGCUCUGGACAAAUGAAUUUAAUGAUUUUAUAUGCAGGUGUCUAAUAAAGGAUUUUGAGCUCAGGCCCAAUGUGUUUGACCUUCUUCAGCAUGUAUUCAUCAAAAAGAUUUUGGGGCGAGAGAAGACGCUGCAGAAGCAGCUUAUGGAAUUGAUCGACCUCAACCAGCAAAUAGGCGUUAUCGAGAAAACAAGCCAUCAUGGAAAGACUGAAAGGGGAGACAGUAAUUCCAGCUCCCGGCAUGAACGUAUCCACACCAAAAAAGGCAGCUACAUGACGUCCGAAAGUCAAGCGUGUGACGACGUGGAGGAUCUGGCAACCCUCGAGGUUCUAGAUGAAAACACAGUAACCGAACAGCUACAGAGACGUUAUGCAAAGGGACAGAUCUACACGUACGUCGGAGACAUCCUUAUAGCGGUGAAUCCCUUCCAAGAAACAGAGCUGUACACCCCUGAGCAUUCCAAGAUUUACAUUGGAGCCAAGAGAACGUCAAACCCUCCACACAUAUAUGCAGUGGCAGACAUUGCAUAUCAGUCCAUGGUGUCCUAUAACGCUGAUCAGUGUAUUGUCAUUAGUGGAGAAAGUGGAGCUGGAAAAACAGAGAGUGCUCACCUGUUAGUCCAACAGCUCACAGUCCUCGGCAAGGCCAACAAUCGGUCCCUCCAGGAGAAGAUUUUGUUGGUCAAUGGUUUAGUAGAAGCUUUUGGAAACGCCUGUACUGUGAUCAAUGAUAACUCCAGUCGCUUUGGAAAGUAUCUGGAGAUGAAGUUCACCUGCGGGGGAACGGUGGUGGGAGCUCAGAUCUCAGAAUACCUUCUGGAGAAAUCUAGAGUCAUACACCAAGCUGGAGGGGAACGUAACUUCCACAUUUUCUACUAUAUCUACGCCGGUCUGGCAGAGAGGAAGAAACUCGGCCACUACAAGCUGUCAGACAGCAAAACUCCAAAGUAUCUCCACAAUGAGAAUAUUAAAUUAGUGCCUGACAUAGUAGGGAGUGCCUUCUAUAAGGAGCAGUUUGAGACAGUGGAACAGUGUUUUAAAGUCAUCGGCUUCACCCUAGAGGAGCUCGGGAGUGUUUACAGUAUAUUAGCUGGAAUCCUAAACACUGGUGAUGUCGAGUUCACGUCUGUUGCGUCUGAGCAUCAGACAGACAAAAGCAACAUUUCCAACAUGGCGGUACUAGAGAGCGCUGCAGCGCUGCUGUGUAUCCGUGCAGAUGAGCUGCAGGAAGCGCUGACCUCUCACUGUGUGGUCAUGCGAGGUGAAACCAUUGUCCGGCCGAAUACAGUAGAGAAAGCCACUGAGGUGCGGGACGCCAUGGGCAAAGCCCUGUACGGACGCCUGUUCAGCUGGAUUGUUAACCGCAUCAACUCUCUCCUGAAACUAGACGACCAAUCAGAGGAGGAAGAAAAGGGUCUAAACAUCGGCAUCCUGGACAUCUUUGGCUUUGAGAACUUUAAGAGGAACUCUUUUGAGCAGCUGUGCAUCAACAUAGCCAACGAGCAGAUCCAAUUCUACUUCAAUCAGCACAUAUUCGCCUGGGAGCAGGAUGAGUAUCUGAAUGAAGAAGUGGAUGCUCGAAUGAUUGAGUAUGAAGACAACCGGCCGCUGCUGGACCUGUUCCUUCAGAAGCCCAUGGGCAUGUUGUCUCUACUGGACGAGGAGAGCCGCUUUCCACAGGCAACUGACCAGACGCUUGUCGAGAAAUUUGAGGACAACUUAAAAUCUAAAAACUUCUGGAGACCAAAGAGGGUUGAUCUGGGCUUUGGGAUCCAUCACUAUGCAGGCAAGGUGAUCUAUAAUGCUGGUGGGUUUCUGGCCAAGAACAGAGAUGCUCUGCCCGCUGAUAUUGUUCUACUACUGAGGUCCUCAGAGAAUGAAUUGAUCCGUAAACUUGUUACCCACCCGCUCACUAAAACAGGAAACCUGGCUCACACCAAAGGCAAGGCUGUGGGAUCUGCUCGUAUGGGCUCAAAUCCAUCACAGCGCAACAUUAACUUUGCCAAGUUGGACGUCUUUAUGUUGUUCAGUACCGUAUCAUUCAAUGAGGCGGAGAACACAGGAGACAGCACACGUCACCCUCGAGAGACCACCAACAUGAAGACUCAAACUGUAGCUUCUUACUUCAGAUACUCACUGAUGGACCUGUUAUCAAAGAUGGUGGCGGGACAGCCACACUUUAUGCGUUGCAUAAAGCCCAAUAAUGAUCGCCAAGCCAAUAAGUUUGACAGGGAGAAAGUUCUGAUCCAACUACGCUACACGGGUAUACUAGAGAUGGCCAAGAUCCGCAGACAGGGCUACUCACAUCGUAUUCUCUUCAGCAACUUCAUUGAGAGGUACUCUAUUUUAGCAUUCAGAGUCAAUGAGGAACCAACAGUGAGUCCAGAGACCUGUGCUACCAUUUUGGAGAAGGCCAAACUAGAGAACUGGCUUCUGGGCAAAACAAAGGUCUUUCUGAAGUACUAUCAUGUGGAGCAGUUGAAUCUAAUGGUGCGGCAGAACACAGACCGAAUCAUUCUGGUGCAGGCAUAUGUACGAGGCUGGCUUGUGUUCAGACGAUACUGUAAGAUUUUGGAGAAGAGAGAACAAAGUGCCGUGGUGUUGCAGUCAGCAUACAGAGGACACAAAGUUCGGAAAAGAAUGGCUGAUGACAAAAGCAAAGCCAAGUCGGAGGCUACUGUUACCCAGUUGCAGGCUGUGUGCAGAGGAUACCUGACAAGACAGAAAUACAAGGAGAUGGUUGAUGAGAAGAACAAAGCUGCUGCAAAGAUCCAGGCCCAUUACAGAGGACACAAAGAGAGGAAGAGCUUCAAAAGGAAAAAAGAAGCCAUGCAGAUGGAAAGGGCUGAGAAGAUGGAGGAAUUAACAGAGGUCCCACCAGAAGCAUCUGGUCCAGUUUCAGGAGAGUCACCACAGACAGGAGGGGAAGUAAAUGAUGCAGAUGAAAAGGCUGCUGUGGUCCUCCAGAGCAACUACAGAGGCUACAGAGAGCGGAAGAAGUACAAAGAGCAUCAGGAAAGAAACAAGACUUUGACAGGGGAUGAGUUAGCCGAUACCUUGUCUACUCCUGCAGAACAAGUCAAUUCUGAUGAAGACUCGCAUGCAAUACAAGAGGAAGAGCAGGGCAAGGAGGCUGAGGAAGAGGCUGCUGUAGGAGAUGGGGGCAUUGAACAGGAAACUAAGGCGGCCACUGUUAUCCAAAGCAACUUUAGAGGACAUAAAGAACGUAAGAGACUCCAGGAAGAGGGAAAGAUGCCAGUAAGAGGGAGGAAAGAGACAAAGAGUCCUCCAGAAGAUGAGGAACUGCCUAUUCCAGAUCCACCAACUCCAGAAGAAUUGAUGGAAUUUCCAGAGGAUGUAGGGCAAGAAGACGAGCCUCCAGCAGAACUCUCAGGAGAAGAUGAAGAGGCCAAAGCUGCCGUGGUCCUACAGAGCAACUUCCGUGGCCACAAAGAGCGAAAGCGACUCCAGGAGGAAGGCAAGAUUCCUAAGAAAAUGAUGAAAGUGGAUUUGGACAAGCCAGAGACUUUUGAAGAGGACUUUCCACCUCCUUUAGAGGAACCAUUAGAACUAGAGGAAGCCCAAGAACUAGAUUCAGUUGAGCCUUUUGAAAUGUCAGCUGUUGCGGAUGAGGAACAUGCUGCAACUGUUUUACAGAGUAACUUUAGAGGCCAUCGGGAGAGAAAGAGAUUGAGAGCAGAGAGAGAGGGAGUACAAGGAAGAGAAGACAAUGAGGCUGGAGAUGUGGAGGAGAAUGGGGAAGUCCUGGAGAUCACAGACAUUGAGCUGAAACAGAAAGACUUGGAGGAAGAUGUGGAGACUCGGGCUGAGGGAGGGUUAUAUGAUGAGGAGCAGGCAGCUAUAAAAAUCCAGAGCAAUUUUAGAGGUUACAAAGACAGGAAGAACCUGAAGGCCACAGCUCAACAACAGGAUCAGGAGGUGGAGAAGCUCUUCAUACAGGUAAACAAGGCCUCAGAGGAAUUCCUUAUCCUGCAGAAGAAGCUAAAUGAAAUUAUCCUCGCCCAUCAGCUCGACCCCAGCAAGAAUGGGAUGUUUGUAAAAGGAGAAGCCAUUAAUGGAUUCAUGGGUGGCUACCAGCCCUCAGCAGAGACAAAGCAGUCACGAACACCUCGCCGAACACAACAACCAAAGACCCUCAACACCCCAGAAGACUCCACAUACUACACACUCAUUCAUAGGUCUGUCCAGGAUGAUAAAAGGAGACCAAGAAAACAAAGCCCCAAAAAGCUGGACAAUGAUGAUCCAUACUACCAGGGUUUGUCAAGUAGGUCCUCAAGCUCUCUCCCCAGUGACCGACGCCGCUCAAGCAAACGAAGGGCUUCCAUGGAGAGGAGGCGGUCUUUGGAGAGACCAUUGCCUGAUGUCCCUAAAUCUGAAAUCCCUGAAGACCCAAACGAGGAGAGGCACUCCUUCUCUAGAAUGCCCUCUACAGAGAGUCAAAGUGAGGACAACCCCUACGACUACAGAAAGAUACUGAGGAAGACCUCCCAGAGACGAAAACUUCUCACACAGCCCUAGACCCCUAGCCAGAGCCUCAGAAAUUUCCAGAGCUUUAUAACUUAAAUAUUACGUAAAUACAUUGUCGGUGACUGAUGUGGUCAGCAAGUCAAGCCAUUUGUCUUUAGGAAUAGUUUCCCUAAAAAUGUUAAAAUACAAAUUCUUUCAUUAUUUACUCACCCUAAUGUCACCCCAAACUUGUAUGACUUUUUUUCUUCUUAGGAACACAAAAGGGGAAAUUUGCCACAAUGUAGAUGAAUAGUGAUUCUGGUCUGUCAAGCCUGAAAAAGAGAGAGAUAGAAAAAAAAAAAAAAAACUCACCAGAAAACCACAGUAAAAUAAUCGAUACUAGUAUACACUAUUAUAUUCUUCCUCUGGUCUUUUGAAGCAAUACGAUCACUUUGUGUGAUGAACAAGGCAAAAUUUAAGUCAUUAUUCAUUCUCAAAUCAAAUCAUUAAUAAAGUUAAAUGCUAAAAUCAGAUAUGGCGGCUACAUCGAUACAACAAACCUCAUUGUUUCCCAUUGCGUGUUGUGACCAAAUGUGUGACAUGACUUGAGGAUGUUUUGUCACAAGAUGAGAUGAUAAACAAUGAGGUUAUAUCUACAUAGCCUCCAAAUUCAAUUACAAAUAAACCAGUAACACAUAGAGUUCAAUAAUGGCUAAUAAUUCAUUUACAAAUGCAUUAUAAAUCAUUUAUAUGCUGUUACAAUAAAAUAUAUAAAACGGUGAAUUCCAUGAAAUACCUGCCAAAUAGUGAGCCAUUUUACCUCAUGUUAUAAAUACUUAAUAACACUUAACAUUAGUAUCCUAUGAAAAUUUACCUUAAUGUAAAGUGGACACAUAUUAAGCAUUUAUAAAGGAGUAGACAACAUUAUAAACCUUUGUACAUAAAGUUUAGUAUGGUUUAAUGGUCAUCAGGCUUUAUUAUAUGAUAUAUGCUGUGAAUGAGCAUGAAGAGCUGAAAAGUGUUUUUGCAGAGGACUUUAGGUAAUUAGGACUAGGCAAGUCAGGACACUACUCGAAGUGGUGACAAGGAAGGUGACAACACAAAGCGGACUAUAGCAUAAUCCCUACUUUUAAUGUCACUACAGUAUUGUAUUUUUGCUACAUUGUGACAUAAAUCAUAAUUUUUUUUUUUUUUUUUUACAUUAAAUAAUUAUGAAUAAAUGUAUUAAUUAAGCAUUUAUAGCAUGUAAAUUAAAAUUCUCACUAUUUGGCUAUUCUUUAAUGAAAGUUGCCCUUUUUAUGCAUGUUGCUAAAACUGCUUAUAAAUUAUUUAUAAUGCAUUUGUAAAUUACUUAUUAUCCAUUAAUAAACCCCUUUAUAAACCCUUAAAGUGAAUAUCAUUGUAGUGUUACCAGUAAACAAAUUUUUAAGACCUUUUGUGUUCCACAGAAGAGAGAAAGUCUUACAGGGUCAGAUUGACAUUAUGGUGAGUAAAUGAUGACAGACUUUUUAUUUUUGGGUGAAUUAUUCCUUUAAGUAAUAUGCUAGGUUGUCAAUACUUUUACCACCACUAUUGCCAGUUUGUUUGUCCAAAGAACAUUGGUAUCAUUUAAGAAUAUGUUUGUAUUAGUUUUAAUAAAUAUAACUAAGGAAUAUGUUUAAAUAUUGUAAUUGCUUUGUACCUUUGUACAAAAAUGUAACACUAACUGACUAAUCCGAGACAUGCAUCUUUAGAACAACAUGUGGAUAAAGAAAUGAUGACAGAAUUUUUCCUUUAAAAAAGAGUAGAAAUUUGAAAUGUCUUCAUGAAUGGAGCUUAAGAGUUGACUAUCACAAGACAUUUGUGCUGCCCUUGCUUGAUUUUAAAUGCAGGUUGAGCGUGUUUUCUGAUGCAUUCUGAAAGUUUCUGUGUGAUUAAAGGUUUGUCUUCAAAGACUUUCAUUAGUGUAUCAUAGAACUAACCUUUAUAUUUGCACCAAUUAGUUAUUAUAUUAUAUCUGAACUAUGGGGGCUUUUAUUUUAUUUUUUUUAUGAAUUGUUUUAAAUGAAUGAUCAUGGAUGCUAAGUGAAAUAGUGAGUCAGAUAGAAUACUGUGUCAUUUCUGCAUAAACAUUAGCAGGGUAUAAGAAUAUACAGUAUGAAUUAUAAUAAUUAACAGAUGUACAUUCACACUGUCAGCUGACAUCAUAUGAUAAAACAGCACUUUAUUACAUUUAAACCGACAUGCAGCAAUGCACCUUUCAGUUAAGUUUGUGUUUCUUACCAUUGUAAAUUACACAUGUAUCAAAUAUAUUACUCAUAAUUCGUUACCUGGAUAGUUACAAUUUGGAUAUAUGCAUCCUUAAAAUGUUUUACUUGCUUGUAAAUAUCAUUAUCUAUGUGUAAUUUGACAAGUGAUAUGAUAAAUUGCACAUACUACUGUAAAUAGCGGUUGAUGUUAAACUUUGAGUGCACUAAAGUUAUGUCAUAAAGCAUAAUUAUUACUUAAUCUUUAUGUUUAAUUUUUUUUUUUUUUUUUCUUGUAGAGAUAUUCAGUUCAUCUUAUAUCAUUUGUGUCAUGUUUAUUCUUAGAUUUAUCUUAGGUAAUGUGAAAUAUGUAACAAUAUGGUCAUUUAGUUCUGGAUUUCAUACUUCAGUGGCAAUGUAAAAUGACAAUAUGGAAAAUGGAUUAUGAAUAUUAAAUAUAUACGUUAGAAUAUGGAGCUCAUGGUGUGGUACUAACAAUUCCUCACAUACUGUCACUAUUGUACCAUCCAUUUUUACAUCAGCAACUUUAUUUCAUAAUAUUCAUAAAAUAAAUCUAACCUUAC